AUGUCGGGCUUUUCGGAAACGGCAAUGCGAGAGCGGCUCAGUAAACUUAGGCCUCAGCAAGACUGUAUCAAUACUUUGUCGAUGUGGUUAAUGCAUCACCAUCGGCAUACCGACGACAUUGUGCAGAUAUGGCUAAAGGAAGUGCGAAAGGAGACGAAUUCGUCCCAAAUCGUAAAUUUGCUGUACAUCGCCAACGACGUGAUUCAAAAUAGCCGCAAAAAGAACCCCGAAAUGGCAGUGAAGUUCUACUCUGUUCUCGAACCAGCUUUCCGACAUGCUGCAAAGAUCUCCGGGCCGGAGCUUGACAAAGCGAUGAUCAAGACACUAAACGUGUGGAGGGACAGACAGAUCUACAGCGAGGAGCAGUUGGCAACGUAG